UGAUGGAAGUGAAAGAGGAGAGUCAAGCUGAAGUGGAUGAGAAACAUCAGAUUGUAAAAAUAAACCAUAAUGUUUCACAGAAAGAAAGUCUGAAGACAGAAGACAUAAAGUGUGAAAAUAGUUUCAGUGAAGAUGAACGCCCUGCAGAUCACAAGAGGACUCACAGUGAGGAAAAACCUUACACAUGCCAGCAUUGUGACAAGAGUUUUCCAGAUACAAGUGAACUUAAGAUACACAUGAGGUCUCACACUGGAGAUAAACCUUACACAUGUCAUCUGUGUGGAAAGAGUUUCGGAACAAAAUCUAAGCUUAAAGCACACAUGAGGAUUCACACCGAAGAGAAAAGACACCCAUGCCAUCACUGUGGAAAGAGUUUUACAGCUGCAGGUAACCUUGAGAUACACAUGAGGUCUCACACUGGAGAGAAACCUUACACUUGUCAGCAAUGUGGAAAGAGUUUCUCUAUUGAAAGUAACCUUAAGAUACACACAAGGAUUCACACCGGAGAGAAACCAUUCACAUGCCAUGAGUGUAAAAAAUGUUUCAGAAUUAAAUGUAGCCUUAUAAGACACAUGAAAAUUCACAAGGGAGAGAACCCUUACGUGUGUUUUCAGUGUGAAAAGAGUUACAGUAAUAAACAUGGACUUGAGAUUCACAUGAGAAUUCACACUGGGGAGAAACCUUUCAUAUGUUUUCAAUGUGAAAAGAGUUUCACAAGUAAAGGUGCUCUUAAGACACACAUGACAGUUCACACUGAAGAGAAACCGUUCACAUGCCAUCUGUGUGGAAAGAGUUUUAAAAUGAAACGUAACCUUAAUGAACACCUAAGAAUUCACACUGGAGAGAAACCAUUUGUGUGCCAAGAAUGUGGAAAGAGUUUCACCUUUCAAUCGGUCCUUAUCCAGCACAUGAAAGUUCACAGUGGGGAAAAGCCAUACGCAUGCCAUCAUUGUGACAAGAGUUCAACUCAACUUGAGAUGCACAUGAGGUCUGAGAAACCUUACACAGGAGAGAAACCGUUCAUUUGUCAUCAGUGUGGAAAGAGUUUUACAUUGAAAUGUAACCUCAAUGCACAUGUGAGAAUUCACACCGGAGAGAAACCAUACGUGUGCCAUCAGUGUGGAAAGAGUUUCAGGACAAAAUCUAACCUUAAUGUACAUUUGAUCACUCACACUAAAAAGAAACCGUUCACAUGCCAUGAGUGUAAAAAGAGUUUCAAAACAAAAGCUAACCUUAACAAACACAUGAGAAUCCACACUCGAUAGAAACUAGGGCUGGACCAGAAAAUUCGAAUAUUCGAAUAUUCGUUCGGUGGGUUGACAUUCGAUUUUCAGUUUUGAGAUUCGAAUAUAUAUAUAAAUAUUUUUCAGCGUUAAUGCAGAGCUUUUGCCAAGCAGGAAGUGCGCUUCACACUCCCGCUCUGUAGGUGGCGCAGAGAGACCAACAUCCAUAGCCAACAGCCAUCAAACUCCACCAGUAGAAGAAGAGAUCGCCUCGAACGGAAAGCGCGCUUCCUGCUUUGGCAUUCACGCUAAUAGUGUUGUAAAUAACGUUCAGUUUCUUGCAAAAACUGAUUGAUUUGCUUCACAAGACGUCAAUAUGUCACACGGAGAUAUGGGGGAUUACUUUUGUAUUGGAUAUAUAUGCUUUAGCUCUUAAAGUGUGCGGAUUGGUUGACUUGCAUGACGGAGCACUGGGGUUUCUGCAAAAUAUCUUCAUUAUUGUUCUGAUGAAAAUAACAUAUUGGAUGGUGUAAGUGUUAUAAUAAAUAAACUUGAUUUUGAAAGUAUGCUAAAGUUUUAUUACAGUUUGUUGAACUUCGUUCAUUUAUUUUCGUUGUUUUAUUUAAAUAGCCUACCCUACGUUGUCAGUAAUUACUGUGCUGCUAAUUUCUGAUACGGGAAUGUUUGUUUGUUAGACAAAUGUUGUUAGAAAAUAGGCUACCUUAUUAAAAGUAUUGGUCUUGUGUUUUGUUUCACUAAUGCUGUUCUCGCAUGACGCAUGACAGGCACGCCGCUUCCGGCUUGUGCUGUUCUGUAGUAUUUUUAAAGUUGAUUAAUUCUAGAAGUGUCAAAUGUCCAUAUUGCACGAAAAAAAUGCACUACACUCCCUUGAGUUCCCAGCAACACAUCCGCCACAUAAUAAAACUGUGGAUAGACAGACACACACAUACACACACACAGAUUCCUGCCUUUAUUAAAGAGAAAAAAUAUGUUCAGCCCCUCCUUCCGAAGCUUCGAAUAUUCGAUUUUAUUUCUACUAGAGCUUCGAAGCUCAAAAAAUGGUAUUCGGAACAGCCCUAAUAGAAACCAUUCAUGUGUCAACAGUGUGGAUCUGGCAACAAAGUUGGUGUAUGGCAAAAAAGAUUGAGGCCGUUUCUCAAUAUGUGUUCUUGUCUGUACUUGUGUUCUUGUGAACUUGUGAAACGUCAUCAGUCACGGCCCAAGUACUGUUCCAAUCCCAAGUUUGCAUCAAGCCAAGUUCACAAAACAUCCAUGGAUGUGUUCUUCAUCCGCUCAUUUUGUUGAGGAUGCAUGAGAAGGUGACUUGUGUGGACUUACGACAGCAAAGUUUCUCAGAAUGCAUUUCGCGUCAGUGGCAGUGGAGCUUGAAACCGGCACAAUAUUCAAAAUACUACUCUUUCUGCUCUGCCCUUCAGUGUCUGAUGGUCAAACAUUAAUUUUUCUCUUUGGCUAUAUCUAACUGGCAUUUUUCUGUCUCAUCAAUUUAUUUCUCUUUAUUAUUUACAUGAAGUCUCUUAUUUGUUAUUAUUGUUUUAACUGAUGUUAAUGUUAAGUUUCAUAACUUAAAUAACAUAUAUUUUCUAUAAAAUCUUAAAACUGAAUCACUGCCUUUUGUACUUUAACUAGAUUUUUACUUGUGUUUAUCUUCAAAACACUAUGGGUGACGUCACCGAUACUAGUUCCAUUAUUUUUACAGUUUAUGGUGCAUACGCUGAUUAGCAAAGCACAGGCAAUUUUGGGGAUUUCCGCCUAUUUGGCCUACCCAAUUUCAAAAGCUUCCCAUACCCAUUAACAUUACAUUUAGUCAUUUAGCAGACGCUUUUGUCCAAAGCGACUUACAAAUGAGGUAAACAAUAGAAGCAAUUAGAGCAACACAAGAACAGCAAUACAUAAGUGCACUGGAAAUAGUCUCAUCAAGUCUAACACAGUAUACAUAGCCAUGGGUUAGUGUUUUUGUAAGAAUGUAUAGAUAGAGAUCAAGAAUAAAAGGAAAAGAAAAGAUAGGGCUGCACGAUUAAUCGAAAAAUAACCGAAACUGGAAUUCAGAAAUGUUAACCGACCCUAUUUUAUCAUGUCGGUUAUUUCGGUUUUUAAUGUUAAUACUUUCCCUUUAAAACAAACUACCGCGUGUGAGGUUACGUGGCUCCACCCCAUCCAGUCAGUAGCAUAGAGACACAUGGAGGAGAACUCAAACACUGUGUUAAAUGAGCAGAUCAUUUAGUGCCAAAGAAAUACGAAAUAGUCGCGCAUGUGAGGGCCGCGUGAUAAAACUUCGGAAUGUGCGAUCGGGGUUUUCCCGCAAAUUUGCAUGACGUGUAAGAGAUAUGAGAGAGAGAGAGAGAGAGAGAGAACGGGAGAACUUCUAGUCUACAUUAACACCAGAAACAUUAUAUAUGAGAGUAAAGGUCUUAGACAGCGGUGCACAGUUAAGGAAAACUGAAUAGAAGACAAGAAACGCGUAAAGGAUACAAUGUGUAUUACCACGCCACUAAUCUCAUUAUCUGGAUAUAACUUAUUGUAUAUGUAUGUAUCUUAUGGCUAGAAUUAGUCAUGUGGGUUGUAUAAUUCUUUGGUUCAUAAGUUCUUAUUCUGAAAGUUUCAUCAGUUGUGCAUAAUAACAUGUGCACCAACUGCAUAUGGUCAUGUUUGAAAAUUCAAAUUUAGUAUUUUUUGGUAAUGCAGUUAUUUUGGGGGGAAAUGUGAAUAAUUGCAUUGCAGGCUGAUUUAAGUUGUGCUCUUAAUUUUCUGCUUGUGCUCCUUAAAUGUUCAGUCAGGGGGUGCAGUACUUCUAAUAACAGAAAAGUAAGUCUGGAGCCCUGAAGUACUAGACUUAAAAAUUGUUAGUUAUUUAUUUUCUACUUUUUCUUUAGGAAACUUGCAGUAUACAGUAAACUAAAAUGUGACUGUUUUCAUUUCAAACAAUGUGUGCUUUGAUUUCAGUUGAAGUUAAAAUGUUAAAUAAAUAACCUUAACAACUAA